AUGAGGCUGACGUCGGACGUGAUUCUGCGUGCGCAGGUGUCCAUCAAUCCGCUUCGCGAGCGCGAGCUGAACCUCCGAGGUUACAAGGCGCCCGCGAUUGAGAACUUGGGCGUCACACAGGACGGAUUCGACUGCAUCGAUUUCUCGGACAAUGAGAUAAAGAAGCUUGAGAAUUUCCCGCGUCUGCGCCGCCUCCGUAUGUUGCUACUUCACAACAAUCAGGUGUCCAAGAUCCAGGAGAACCUGGCGGAGGCUAUUCCCAACAUGGAAUUCCUCAUGCUCACAGGCAACCGCAUCGCUCAAUUCUCAGAGGUCGACCGCCUCACGUGCUUCACCAAAUUAGACACGCUCACGCUAAGUGGGAACCCUGUGACCAAACGCAAGUAUUACCGUGAGUACGUCAUCUACAAGCUGCCACAGCUGCACGUCCUCGACUUCCAGCGCAUCCGUCCACGCGAUCGUGAGGCUGCCAAUACGUUUUUCAACUCGGCUGUUGGGCAAAGGGCCAUGAAAGAGGCACACGGUGAAAGCGUAGCGGACUCAACGCAUGCCAUGAAGAAGGUUUCGAUCACACAGCAACAGGUGGCUUCGACAGCAAGCGUGGUUCCUCCACCGCCGCCGCCACCGCGUGCUUCGUUUUCGCCGAAGAAGGAGGCUCCAGUCGAGUCGGUGGCACCACAGAAGGCGGCUCCAGUCGAGACGAAGGCACCACAGAAGGCGGCUCCAGUCAAGUCUGAAUCACCAAAGGCGACUGUACAGGCCGAGCCGAUGGAAGAAACUCCAGAACCGAAACAAGAUGCACCUCCAGCUGAUGUGGAAAUGGAAGAUGCAGAAGAGGAGCAAACAACAGUAUCGUACACGCCGCCGAAGCCAAUUGAACAGAUGACUGUGAGUAUCUUGCGCGAAGAAUUGAAGAAACUAGGUCUGCCCAUCAAGGGCUUGAAGGCGGAGUUGGCGAAGCGCUUGAAGGAAGCUGCUGGAGAAGCAUAAACCCCCUUGCUUGCCCAAGGUGCAGUUAUACCCCACCAUUGCCAGAAGAUAGGAGCUUAGAAACGGAGUCGGAAGAAGAGCGCACGCACCAAUGCAAAGAAGCAACUCGACCUUGAUCCUUCAUGGCGCCGGUGAAUAUUUCGAACAGCACCGUUAUGCAAAAUGUGGUCAAUGAGUAUAGUGUCUCUCUUGCGAGCAUCAACCUGUCGACACCAUCCCGGUAAAACAAAUCAGCUGCACUUUAAUCUCUCUAA